AUGGCGAACGACAACAACAGUGGAGGAGACGACUGGUCUCUGUUCCCAUACGAGCCGGUCAAGGCGGCGCCGAUCGUCUUUGCUGUUUUCCUUACCGUGAUUGGGGUAUACCAGAUCUACCAGUCGUUCUGGAAGUACCAUUGGAAGAAGUUCGGUGGGAUCAUGACCUGGGCCACCACCGUCUGGAUCUCCGGCUUCAUCACCCGCGCCAUCUCCGUCCACCAACCGCACGGCAUCAACAUCUUCAUCGCCCAAUUCGUCCUCAUCCUCAUGGGCCCGCCCCUCUACGCCGCCGCCGAAUACUUCAUCCUCGGCCGCCUGAUGUCCUACCUCCCCUACCACACCGUAAUCCACCCAGGCCGCGUGAUCAGCACCUUUGUCAUCUUGUCCGUGAUCGUGGAAAGUCUUACGGCGAACGGCGCGGCGAAUAGCGCGGGUGAGGGACGCACGCCGGCGCAGGUGGAGACGGGGCUGGCGUGUUUGAAGGCCGCGUUGAUUGUGCAGAGUGUGAUUGAGGUGUUCUACCUGACGCUCGUCGGGUCCGUGGAGUGGAAGUGUAGGAAGGCGAGGUGCUUUCCGCGGAAUGUGAGGGUGGUGUGCUAUACGCUUUACAUCACCAGCACGAUGAUGCUGGUACGGUGCAUUGUUCGCACGAUCGAAGGGUUCGAGGCAGCGGCGUGUCGUGCUAACCCUGCCGGACCGCCGGGGCACUGUGGCGAGGUGUCGACGCACGAGGCCUAUCUUUGGGUGUUUGAGAUUGCUAACAUCACGCUCUUUGUGGUCAUUCUUGCGCUGUUUCAUCCUGGAAAGUACUUGCCCCGGGACAGCAGGAUCUUCUUGGAUCCAAUCGAUGGGAAGACUGAACGGGUUGGACCUGGGUACUCGAAGGCGGACAAGCGGCCGAUGCUGGCUACGAUACUGGAUCCGUUCAAUCUGUUUGGGAUCGUUACGGGCAAGGGCAUGGCUAUUCAGCCGUUCUGGAAUGAGCAUCAGCCGAUCUAUGAUGGUGGUGAGGUCAAGGAGGACAAGAGAGGGGAGAGGGGCCAGAGCGCGGAGGCAGUUGAGUCGGGGUCGCCGUAA